AUGUCAAAGGGAAAGAAGAGUACAUCGGGUGAUAUUGGAGUGAAAUAUGGGCGAUCGGAUCUCACUCGUAUGGGUCUGUUCAGUGAACCUCAAUAUGUAUCUAGCGGAGAGUCAUACAACAGUAAAAAGCAAGCAUCGGCACUCGACUACCGUACAAAGGGAAAACAAUUCUUGACUGCUCCAGCAAAACGUGGUCAAGAUACAAAGGAUGCAUAUUUUGACAAGGAGUACAUUCGAUUGUUUGAAAAUGAGCCAUAUACAGAUCUGGUAGUAUUGCGUCGCAGAUGGCGAAUUCAGGCAAAAGAGAGAAAUAUUACAAAUGUGCCUUUUAAGCCGUCUAGUGUACCGCCUAAACCAUCUGGAAAAGGAUGCCACUGGGGUACAAUUGAGCAGCAAUGGCCAUUGGAUACCAAAGGAUUUGAUCUACCACUCAGUCAUCGAGAAACGGAUGUUGAAAAGCCUGUUCAUGAACCUAAAAACUUUCUUACUGCUCCUCCCAAACAAGGCAGUGGAUAUGGAUAUGCAAAUAUUACUAUUGGAAAGUCAUAUCAAUAUGAGAGUGAUCCGUUUGACCGCAGUGAAAAACUUGACAAGCAAGAACGAAGCGAAAACAAAAAAAAGAUGAUUGGUGAACGUCCAUUUGUUUCUUCGAGUAUCAACCAUGAGUUUUUUAAUGCGUUUGCGGGUCUUUCUGGAUCCAGUGAUGAAAAAUACUCGGAAGCUGGCCACGGAGCAAUGUCUCGGCCAAUCAAAAAGGCAUUCCUUCCCACAAUUCCAUUCAAGCCCACAUCCUGCUGCAAUAACACCAUUAACCCAUAUCCCAGCUACGAACCGCCAAAAGGGGGCGAACUCAAAGCAGAGGCAAAGCCAGUAGUAUCUGGAUCACGACAUAAUACAGUCUUUAAACCAAGCGGAAUCACUGGAUCGUAUCCAAUCAGAAGCAUUAUCGAAGUGUCGUGCCCUUUGGCACCGCCUACGUGGAUCCAAGACUCUCUUUCUGCAGCGGUUUUGGCAGCCGAUUAA